GCCAGCGUGGCUACGCCAUCACGACCGGCGAUGGCACAUGCGCAAUAGUGAGACGCUGGAGCGCGGCGUAGGUGGCUGCCGAGUCUCUUCCGGUUUAGGGUCUUAUCCUGGCAUUGAGGGCGCCGGACUGGCGCUUUUGGCCGGCUUGGCAUUGGGUGGGCGGCUUCUCGGGACCCACAUGAGCCAGUGGCAUCAUCCCCGCAGUGGCUGGGGCCGGAGACGCGACUUUUCAGGACGCUCCUCUGCCAAGAAGAAGGGCGGAAACCACAUCCCCGAAAGGUGGAAAGACUAUCUCCCAGUUGGACAGCGGAUGCCUGGGACUCGUUUCAUUGCUUUCAAAGUUCCUUUGCAAAAGAGUUUUGAAAAGAAACUUGCUCCAGAAGAAUGCUUUUCCCCUUUGGAUCUUUUUAACAAAAUCCGAGAACAAAAUGAAGAACUUGGACUGAUUAUUGAUUUAACAUAUACUCAACGCUAUUAUAAACCAGAGGAUUUGCCAGAAACUGUUCCUUACUUAAAAAUUUUUACAGUUGGACAUCAAGUGCCUGAUGAUGAGACUAUUUUUAAAUUCAAACACGCUGUUAAUGGGUUUUUGAAAGAAAAUAAAGAUAAUGAUAAACUUAUUGGUGUCCACUGUACCCAUGGUUUAAACAGGACUGGCUACCUCAUUUGCAGAUAUUUGAUUGAUGUAGAAGGCGUGAGGCCAGAUGAUGCAAUUGAAUUAUUCAAUAGGUGCCGGGGACAUUGCUUAGAAAGACAAAACUACAUUGAAGACCUUCAGAAUGGUCCUAUCAGAAAGAAUUGGAAUUCCAGUGUACCCAGGUCAAGUGGUUUUGAAGACUCAGCACAUCUCAUGCAACCAGUCCACAAUAAGCCUGUUAAACAAGGACCUAGGCAUAAUCUACAUCAGAUCCAAGGUCACUCAGCUCCUCGACAUUUACACACCCAGACCCAAAAUUUGCAACAAUCAGUCAGAGUCUCACUCUGUCAUCCAGGCUGGAGUACAAUGGCGCGAUCUCACUGCAACCUCCACCUCCCAGGUUCAAGCAAUUCUCCUGCCUCAGCCUCCUGAGUAGCUGGGACUACAGGCACCCGCCACCACGCCUGGCUAAUUUUUUGUAUUUUUAGUAGAGAUGGGGUUUCACCAUGUUAGACAGGAUGGUCUUGAUCUCCUGACCCUGUGAUCUACCCACCUCAGCCUCCCAAAGUGCUGGGAUUAUAGGCGUGAGCCACCACGCCCGGCCGAUAAGGAAUUCUUGCUGUUCAGUUUGAACCAGGAGAUAUUAUUCUGCUCUGUAUUUUGCAUUUAGCACUGGAAAAUCAGUUACAGGACAGGGAAUAUGUGACUUUUCAGAGGCAAUUCGGAAAGGGACUUAGAAAUUUUGAUUGAUUUUAAACUUAAGCCAAGAGUUUGAUGUGGCUAUCAAAAAGGAUCUUAUAUUCUUAGGCUACAUUAAAGUAGUAUAGUUUUUAGAAUAAGGAAGAUUGUUAUUUAAGGAGUUGAUAUGAAUUAUAAGAAAAAUAAUAAAAUCCUAACAGAAAAAUAGCAAAGGAUCUGAACAGAUAAAACAACAAAAGUAUUUUCACUUGGAAAAUGGGGAAGACCUCAGUAUGGUUAAAGUGGUAUAUUAGUAUGAGUUCUCCAGAAUGAUAGAACCAGUAGGAUGGAUGGAUGGAUGGAUGGAUGGAUGGAUGGAUGGAUGGAUAGAUGGAUGGAUGGGUGGAUGGGUGGGUGGAUGGGAGGAGGAGCUUUUUUAUUGAGGGUAUCAGCUUAUGCACUUCUGAAAGCUGAGAAGUUUCAUAGUAGGCUGUCUGCAAACUGGAGAACCAGGGAAGCUGGUAGCAUUCAGUCCAACUCAGAAAGCCUCAGAACCAUGGAAGCCAGUGGAGUAACUCUCAAUCCAAGGCUGAAGGCCUGGGAAUCUGGUAAGGGUUGGAGGACACUGGUAUGAGUCCUCAAGUCCAGAGGCCAUGAAGCCUGGAGUUCUAAUGUCCAAGAGUAGGAGAAGGUAAGGUAUUCCAGCUCCGGGAGAGAACACAAUUUGCCUUUCCUCUGCCUUUUUGUUGUAUCCAGGCCCCCAGCCUAUUGGAUGGUACCUACGCAUACUGAGGGUGGAUCCUCCCACUCAGUCCACCCACUCACACACCAGUAUCCUUUAGACACACCCUCACAGACACUCCCAGAAAGAAUACUUUACCAGCUAUCUAGAUAUCUCUUAACCCAGUCAACUUGACACCUAAAAUUAACUAUCACAAAUAGCAAGCUAUUAUUCUUUGCCUAUUAAUUUAGCAACAGUUUUGUUUGCUUGUUUUUUUCUUUUUUUUUCUUUUUUUUUUUUUGGUGACAGAGUCUCACCCUGUCGCCCAGACUGGAGUGCAGUGGUGCAGUCUUGGCUCACUGCAACCUCCACCUCCCAGGUUCAAGCAAUUCUCCUGCUUCAGCCUCCCGAGUAGCUGGGAUUACAGGCACUGCCACCACACCCAGCUAAUUUUUGUAUUUUAGUAGAGAUGGGGGUUUCACCAUGUUGGCCAGGCUGGUCUUGAACUCCUGACCUCAGGUGAUCUGCCUGCCUCGGCCUCCCAAAGUGCUGGGAUUACAGGCAUGAACCACCUCGCCCAGCCAGUUUAGCAACAGUUUUUGAUAAGCACUCCAUUGUAGUGGUUGUCAGGCUGCACCUGGAUUUGCAUGUUGGCUUUGUUACUCGCCUGCUUUGUGAUCUUGGAUAAGAUACUUAGCCUAUCUACAUUUCAUUUUUCCCAUCAGUCAGAUAGAUAUUUUAAUAAUACAUACAUACCCCGUAGUGGUUGUUAUUGACAGUUAACAUGAAUUUAAACAGUUUAGCACAUUGUAAACACUUUAAAAAAUACAUUGCCAUUUUUAGGCCAGGUGCAUUGGCUCACACCUGUAAUCCCAGCACUUAGGGAGGCCGAGGUGGGAGGACUGCUUGGGCCCAGGAAUUUGAGACCACCCUGGGCAACAUGCUGGAAUCCUGUUUUUAUUAAAAAAAGAAAAAAAAAACUUAAAAAAAAUUGACAUUUUUAAAAGAUGUAAACAAACAUUUCAGAAACAUGUUACUUGUGGCAUUGAAAAUUGGUAUAAGCCUUUUGAAGCACAAUUUCAAGAGCCAUAAAAAUACUUUACCUAGUAAUUUCAUUCUGAGACUUAAGGAAAUACUUCAAAGUACAGAAAAAGCUAUAUUUACUUAAUCAUUCGGCACGUUUCUCAAACUCCCUUCCAUGUGUCAGAUGCUGGGCUAGCUCAGGAUACAGUAGUAUAUGUUUUGCAGUGUUAAUCCCAGCAUUAUUUGUGGUUGUGGAAAAACUUGUAGCUGCUAUAUUUCUAACAGUGGAGAAUGUAGCUAAAUAAUUACAUCCAUACUAUAACAUUUUAUAAAGCCAUUGGAAGUGUUAGCUCAUUUAUGAUAAGUGAAAAUAAUAGGCUGUGAUUCAACAGUCAGAAAAAGAUGCUGGGGAAAAGAACAAAAGGAAAUACUAACUAAUUGAAUUAUAGUAAGUGGGAUUGAGGGCUCUGCAGCGGGGGGUUAGUUUUUCUUUUCUCAGAUUUCCAAAUUUUCUUUAUUUUUUUUUGUAAGAUAGAGUUUCGCUCUUGUUGCCCAGGCUGGAGUGUAAUGGUGUGAUCUCGGCUCACCGCAACCUCUACCUCCCGGUUUCAAACGAUUCUCCUGCCUCAGCCUCCCCAGUAGCUGGGAUUACAGGCUCCCACCACCACACCUGGCUAACUUUGUAUUUUUAAUAGAGAUGGGGUUUCUCCAUGUUAGUCAGGCUGGUCUUGAACUCCCGACUUCAGGUGAUCCGCCUGCCUUGGCCUCCCAAAGUGCUGGGAUUACAAGUGUGAGCCACCACGCCCAGCCCCAAAUUUUCUUUUGUAUAAUUAUAUGAGAUUUUCUGGUCUUGCUUUUGAAACAAGUAAAUUUAAAUCCUAAUUUUUCAAAUUUGUUGCAUAUACCAUGCUUAAAGUUUUUCACACUUUAUAAUUAAUUUAUGUAUGUUCGUUUAUAAAGUGGAAGCAGCUAUCUGUUUUCUGUACUAACUAGCUUAUUCUGUCUUAUGUCAACCCUGCCAGACUUUGGGAGAGAAAGUAUUUGAUUAGAAUAGUAUGGGCAUGCAUUUAUCUCUGUAGGGAAAGGUGGAAAGGCUUCUGGGAAUCCACGGUGUGCCAGGGCAUUGUAGGUAAUUGAAAUGUAUUUUUUUAAUUUAGCUUCAUAACAGCUCGUGAAGGUGAAAAGUAUUAUUAGCCCCAUUUUAUAAAGAACUUAGGGAAAUAACAAUUAAGUAUUUUAUCUGCUAAGGUCACACAGGUAGGAAACAGUAGAAUGUAUAUUAUUUUGUAAAUUUAUAAAUUUAAAAUAUUUUAUGAAAAUAUAAAUUUAAAAUAAAUAAACAUUAUUGAAUUAAUCCUA